GGGGAGCUGGCGGAUGACCCAGGAGCUCUGAUAAGCCAGAGGCCCCGCGCGGGACCGGCCCCGCACUGCGCACUGCACGACGGACACUUGCGAUACAUAACACUGACAGGGGCAGCUACCCUUGACAGGCGGCGGUGCCAUCCAUCUUACACUGAUGUCUGCCGACGACGAGGAUGUGAUUCAGGAGAUCGCGGCGGAGUUCACCCGAAUAUCAAUCGAAAACUACUGCAUCAUCGCGUCUUCUGUACUCCUUUUUGCGGACGCGAUCACCACAUUUACGGAUGAGGUGCAGCGGAUAUGGCACCGGAAAUUUACGGGGGCAACGGUGGUCUUCCUCGUCACAAGAUACGUAGCGGUGGCGGAAAGGCUGGUCUUAGUGGUUAGCGUCUUCUUGCCCACACUGCUCGACAAGAGCUGCGCACCAGUUUUGCGACUCGACGACGUCCUCACGGACAUCAGCUACCUCAUGUUCGGCAUAUUCAUGAUGCUUCGAACGCGAGGAAUCUGGGGGCGCGGAUGGAUACCGAUAGCGUUUCUGGCGCUCUUGACACCUGUGCGCACAGCCAUAACUGUGUACGUCCAGACGCAGUACAUCCCUAUCGCCUUUGGAGCGCCGCUGUAUGGAUGUGGGGCGCUAUUUAACUUGACUCCCGCGACCAUUCGACCGUUGGGGAUUGCCUCGCGGGCUGCAGCUCUUACGAUAGACGCAUUUGUUCUCGUGUUAACCUGGAUACGGACGCUCAGCAUCAAAAGGGAGUCUCAUAGACUCGGCAUGCACACCCCACUCGUUACGCUCCUUCUCCGGGACGGUACAAUCUACUUUGUGAUCAUAUUAUUCGUCCAGAUCUUCAGCAUCGUGUCCGUGAUUUGUACGCCGUUAUCUCCCCGAAAACGCCACUCUCAUGAGCUCACCGCUGUAUUCGCGCUCAGAUUCACCGUGAUCUUCACAUGCCGGUUCAUGCUCAGCCUCCGCGGAGUGUACCUCAGCGACCGCAGCACGGACACGGAGCCGGCGGGCACCAGCGACGCGUACGCCUCGUCCGCGUACUUCUCCACCAUGCGCUUCUCCUCCAGCAUCGUCGGCAAUAUGGGCGCUCCGCUCGACACGUUCGGCACCGACGCGAAGCAUCAUAGCUGGGUCACCAGCAGCGAGGGCGAGGGCGAAGGCGAUAGCGACGAGCUUGAAAGCGGGGCGCCAGAGAUGUCGCGGGAUCCCCUGUUGGCAGGAUUGCAUCAUCCGACGGGCAUCGAGCUGCCGGAGGCGCAGGGUCAUACGAUCGACCAUCACAAUGAUGCGUAG